AUGAAGGUCACUUCAGCCACAUGGGUGGCAUCCACCGUUUCAGCGGCGACACUUGCUUUAUGUCUCUUAGCUAUGAGCCAAAUCUAUUCCGAGAUCAAUUCCAUGCAAGAGUUGCUCGACUCUGAGUUGAUCACUUUCAAGCAUUCCACUGACGGAAUGUGGCGCGAUAUUGUGGUGAUGAGCUCGGCGAGUAAGAGAGUGAGAAGACAAUACCCGGCUGAGAGCAACGAGGAUCGUCCAUAUUCGGAGUCGAACUCUGCCCCCGGAACCCCACCAAACAACCCACCAGCUGUACCCCCAGUCUUCACCAAGGAGUCUACUCCCGAUAGCCCUGGAGCCACUUGCAAUUGCCAGGCUAACAACCGCUGCCCGGCUGGCCCACCUGGACCCAAGGGAUCUCCAGGAGUCAAUGGUCCCAAUGGUUUACCUGGUCUUGAUGGAAAAGUUGGAGCAAGCGCUGAAGACGUUCCACCUCAAGACGAAUCUCAUUCUUGCUUCAAUUGCCCAAUUGGACCACCUGGCCCACCUGGCGCCUUGGGUCGACCAGGACCUCGUGGAAUGAAGGGAAUUGAUGGCCGCAAUGGAAUGAUUGGACGAGAUGGAGAGUCAGGAUUGCCUGGAGAGCAAGGACCACCUGGACCCACUGGCCCACCUGGAGACAGCGGACCACCAGGAGAUAAGGGAGCUGACGGACAGAGACCAAUUGGUAGACCUGGGCCUAAAGGACCUACCGGACCACCAGGACAUCAGGGACCACAAGGAACGAAUGGACUUCACGGGCCUAGAGGACCGUCUGGACCACCUGGACAACCUGGACCUAAAGGGCCACCAGGACCAGCUGGACCGGAAGGAGAUGAAGGAUUGGAAGGAGAUUUGGGACGAGUAGGAGAAGACGCUGAGUACUGUCCUUGUCCGACGAGGGUCGAAGAGCCACGCGCUGGAUUCAGAUUCAAU